AUGUUUUAUUCAAGCAAAUCAUAUAGUUCAAAUUGUGGUAACACUCCACAAACAGCAUGUCCAGAUAUAUUGACUGGUUUCACUAUUUUUAGAAAUCUUUCAAAAACUGAUUCUUCUUUGACUCUCAGUUUAGCAGCUGCUACUUACACAGGAUCAAAUAAUAGCUUCAUAAAUAUCAACAUUGGUGAAACUGUUUCCAUUGUUGGAUCAUCAACAGAUCCAAGUUCUUUUCCCAUCAUUGAUCUUCAAUCAAAUAGUAGUUUUAUAAUUAUAAACGAUAGCGUAUCAACCGGAGAUUCAACUACAACUCUAAAGAUCAGUAAUUUAAAGAUUAUCAAUGGAAAGAGUUCAACUCAGAAUGGUACUGUUGUCAAUGUAAAUACCAAAUCUACCUCGACAGUAGUAAGCUUAACAACAAUGCCAAUUACGGAUCUGUUUUUCUACACUGAUACUCCAGGUGAUGUAAUGUUUGACAGUUGCCAAUUUAUAAAUAUCAAUGUUACUAUAGAUUCCAUUUUAGCGAUUGAAAAUGCUGCUACUAGAUUUAAGAAUCUUACUUUUACAGACAAUCAUGCAACUAACUCAAUUAUCAAUCUCGACUCAAAUACUGAUGGUGUUACAUGGAUCUAUAAUUCAUCAUUAUUUAACGUUACAUUCACAAAUAACAAACUGGUUGGUAUUGGAAAAGGUAGCUCUAUCUAUACCAACUCAGCAUCAAAGAUACUCUCUUUGAAUAAUGUCUCAUUCGAUCAUUCAAAUACCAACUCUUUAAUCUAUUGUGAUUCGACAUCAAUAUACUUAAAGAGUAUAUAUAUAUAUGACAAUGCACAACAAGUGAUCUCAUGUUCUACAAUUAACUCUUGUUUGGUACACAGUGAUGGUAUUCUUGGUGAAUAUUGUAGCAAUGAUAUAAGUUCUAGUGAUGAUAAGCCACAACAUGGUGUAUAUCCACUUCCUAAUCUCUUUUUGAAUAGUUCUACUAUUUCUGGACUAAGAUUAGAAUUGGAGAAUUGUGGUAACACUCCACAAACAGCAUGUCCAGAUAUAUUGACUGGUUUGACUGUUUUUAGAAAUGGUUCAAACACCAGUGCUACAUCUUUGAUUCUUAAAUUAGCAUUAGGUAUUUACACAGGAUCAAAUAAUAGCUUCAUUAAUAUCAAUAUUGGUGAAACUGUUUCAAUUGUUGGAUCGUCAUAUUUGUCAGGUGCACCGCGUGCUAUCAUUGAUCUUCAAUCAAAUAGUACUUUUAUAUCUAUAAACGAUGCUGGGUCAAUAGGAAAUUCAACCACAAGUAUAUCGAUCAUUAGAUUGGAGAUUAUCAAUGGAAAGAGUUCAACUCAAAAUGGUACUGUUGUCAAUGUUAUUACCACCCAACCCGGAACAAUGGUAUCCUUAAUAAUACUCAAUGCUCAUGUUGUUAAUAACAAUGCACUUGGAGGAUAUGGAGGUUCAGUAUAUUUCCACACAAAUAAUAUCAGAUCAUACGUUACCUUAAGAGACUGUGCAUUUAAGAAAAACACUGCUAAAUACGGAUCUGUUUUCUAUACUGAUACUCCUAUGUUUGUAUCGAUUCUAUUUUGCCAAUUUAUGAAUAAUACUUCAAUUUUCGAUUCAGUUUUACACCUUGAGCAUGCUCAUAUACAACUUUUAUAUACCCUAUUCACAGACAAUCAUGCAACCAAUUCUAUAGUUACAUUCAAUUUCAAAGCACAAUUUACUAGAAUCUCUGAAUUAAAGUUUUACAACAACACACUAAGUUCAAACUCAAAAGGUUUUAUAUCUUCUCUAGACCGUAUGAUAUCUUUAGAAAAAGCAGAUUUCCAAUGGAAUACUGGUUCAACUGCUAUUUACUUUAUAUAUAGCUUGGGAUCAUCUGAAUCAAGAGACAGUAAUAGACUUGUAAUUUACGAUAGCAAUUUCUUUAAAAACACUGGUUCAAAAGAUGGUGGAGCUGUAUACCAAAGCGGUGGAUCAUCAGAGAUUGCCAGUACAAUAUUCAUCGAUAAUCAGAGUUUAAAUAGUGGUGGAGCGUUGUUUUUAUCUAAUUAUACGGACGCAUCUUUGUUUAAUGUAACAUUCACAAACAAUACAGCAGCGAUUGGUGGAUUAGGUAGCUCUCUCUAUACCGAUUGUGGAUCAAAGAACUUAACUUUGAAAAGAGUCUCAUUUGAAAGUUCCUAUUCCAACUCUCCAGCAAUUAAUGGUGAAUUGACACCAAAUAACGAACCUAAGAACAUAAAGUAUGAAACACCAUCUUCGAUAAUGAAUUCUCUUGUUUGGUAUACAGCCAUAGUCGUCUGCGUGACUGAGAAAGAUAUUAAGAACAAAACACCUAUGAUCUUACGCAGGUAUCUAAUUGUGUUAGAUGUGACCAAGAAUAAGAUUGUAACUCACCUCAAGGUUAUGCACCUUGUUGUAGUUUGUCCGCCACUUGAUCAUCAGACACAACAAGAGAAUGCCUAUGACCACGGUGAAGAACACCAACACCUUUCAUCACACACAUAUUCUGUUCGUGUCAGCACGUAUUGUUGUCUCUAUGUGCCGAAAUCGUCUACCGAUGAAGUCAUGCACCUCGAGCAACAUGAGCAUGCUGAACAUCACCAACACCAUCAGGUCAUAAACGUAAUAAACUUAACCAAGCAACAACAAGAACAAGUACAACAUCUAGAUCAACAAGCUCCUCACAUUAAGUAUAAAAAACAACAACAUAGCUGGAGACUCCGUGACAGAUGA